CCACGGGUCUUGGAGAGCUGGAGAAAAGAUUUGUUGAGUGAUGCUGCUCUAGAAAAACAACUCUGGUGGUGCAGGACUAUACUUCUCUGCAUGUUCAACCCUUGAUAAAAUGUUGGAGUAUUCUGGAAUUUGUAGUCCAGCAGAAUGAAACGGAAUGUGUCCAUGUUUUCGCAGUGAAUUUCAGUGUAAUGAUAUUGCUACACUGUAUCCAACAGUUGAUCACCAUCUUCACGAACCUUUCAAAGGAAGAAAUGUAACACAACACCCGAAAAACUAGGCAAAAGACAGUAAAGCACUAGUUUAUAUAAAGUCUCUAGCAUUAAUUCCAUAUGUAAAAGCCUCCAUUCCUCUAUUCAUAAAAGUUACAACACUUUCCACUUUGUGAAGCCCACUAAAAGCAAUGGUUAUCCUUGGUCUGUGAGCUUACACCGUUUCUUCAUAAUAAAAGCUAAGAAUAUUUGAAAUGGAUAGUAUCACAUGCCCCACCAAGACUGAAUUAUCUGCCUGCAAUUUAUAAUCCUAGUUUAGUUUAUGGUAGAGAAAUAACUGAAGAUUUAAAUCUUGCUUGUGUUUAGCAAGCUCAAAGAUAAUGUUGUUAUGGAAAAUGUUGCUAGACCCACCCAGACAUCACUGACGUAAUAUCAUCACCCAGAAAAAAGUGAUGCAGAUUUAGAAAAAAAAGGCUCUUUAGUAGCGACUUCCUCUUCAGCAAAGCAGAGACCUCUCUCUGUCGCCUGAACUGCAAACGCCUGAAAGCCUUCUCUAGGAUUAAAAGUAUUCAACCAGGAAUUGAAAAUCAUCCACAAUGGGCAGUAAUUUUGUGAGCAUUCUCAAAUAUUCAAUGUUUGCCUUCAAUUUUUUAUUCUGGGUGACCGGAUGCUCCAUAAUAGCCAUCGGCAUAUACUUUGUGGUAAACAACAUCUACAGAGACCUACUUCCAAAUAAUCCCUCGCUUACUGUUGGCAAUGUCUUAAUCGCAAUUGGCAUCAUCAUUAUGGUGUUUGGGUUUCUAGGAUGCAUGGGAGCAAUUAAAGAAAAUAAAUGUCUUCUUCUUACUUUUUUCAUUUUGCUACUGCUGAUCCUCUUGGCUGAAGUCAUAAUGGCAAUCUUUCUGUAUGUUUAUGAAAAGCAGCUAGAUAAUUAUGUGAAGGAAACGUUAACAAACAGUUUUGAACAGAAUGUAAAACGCAAUUCAAGUGAAGCAUGGGAUAUGAUACAGCAAAACUUGCAAUGCUGUGGAAUCAAUGGAACACAUGAUUGGGGGAAGGACAUUCCUAAUUCUUGUUGCCCAAACUCAAAUUGUAGUUCAAGAAAUGUUUUCACAGUGGGUUGUUCAGAAGCACUUAAAAAGUGGUUUGACAACAAUUUCUUGUAUGUUGGAGUGGGAACCAUAUGUAUUUCAGUUAUUGAGGUGCUGGCUAUGUCCUUUGCGUUGACCCUUUACUGCCACAUAUCAAAAAGCAGUGGCACACUAAGUACAUAGUGCUGAGGCUCAGAAUAAGGAGCAUUUUAGUGUUCUGGUCACUCUAGUCCAAAAUGUAACAUUGUAUACUGAAGCAUAUCGCUCCAGCAAGGAAUUUGUAUAGUUUGUGCAUUAAUUCAUGACCAAUUCAUCUUGCUUAGGCUUUUUGCUAUUGAAAACAUUGUGCUUGGGGGGGGGGGGUGUUAUAUGAAAUUGAAUGGGUGGUUUGUAAACGAAUGCUUAUAUAUACUGUAGAUAUAUAUGUCUGUAUCUGUUUACUGAUUUAAGGUUAGUACUGCAACUGGUGUGUUUAUUAUAUCGUAUUUAAUACAGGGAUCCUUUCAAGAGAAGUUGAAGAAACAAUGUAAAAAAAAGUAUUUCUCUAGCAACCUUUGUUUAAUUAAAGGGAAAAUAUGUUAA